AUGGACGACGCAGCUCUCGCUGCACUCCUCGCCAAGGCGGAUUCAGCCUUGGCUUCAGUAGCCACGGUGACGUCCGUCGCCGCUUCCGCGCCGCCGCCCGCCGCCGCGCCGGUGGCUGCGCCUGCUCCGCCGCCUGCCGCGGCCGCGCCCGAGCCGGUGACACAGCAAAAGCCUGUGAUGCAGAAGCUUCUCAUCCUGUACGGCACGCAGACCGGCAACAGCCGCGGCGUCGCCAAGGAGCUCGGCGCCGAGGCGGCGGCGCACGGCUUUGAGGCGCGCGUGCUGGGCAUGGAGAAGUGGAAGGAGCUCGACUUUGAGCAGGACAAGACGCCGCUCGUGCUCGUCAGCUCGUCCACGGGCAACGGCGACGCGCCAGACAACGCCGACAAGUUUUACCGCUUUGCCAAGAAGCGGAGCACGCCGCCCGUCUUCAAGGGCGUCCCGUUUGCGGUGUGCGCGCUCGGCGACUCAAACUACGAGCAGUUCUGCGAGGCGCGGCCUCCGAGAGGACCCGACUCGAGAUUGCAGUCCUGCGAGGGGCGGACGCUCGGCCCUCGCCCUCACCCGGCCACCUGCGCCCCGCAGGUCGGCCGCCAGUUUGACCAGCACCUGGAGCGGCUGGGAGGCAACCGCUUCCUCAAGCGGUGCGAUGUGGACGGCAUCGAGGCGCACGCGCUCAAGCAGGUUGCGCCCGCCCAAGCGAACCGCGGCGCGGAGCAGGCGGCAGAGGCGGCGCCGGCAAAGGCAGCGGCAAAGGGCGCCGCGCCGGCGGCGGCGCCGGCGGUGGCGCCGCUGCGCUCGCUGACGGUGUUUCACAGCGGCGGGCUCACCGAGGAGAUUGCGGAGCUCAUCAAGGCGGAGGCUGCCGCCGCGAGCCCGGCGGCGAGCGUGCGGCUGCUCGCCAUGGCAAAGUUCAAGCCAUGGCUGGCGGAGCUGGACGCGGCCGCGGCGUCCGCGCCGCAGCACGCCGUCUUCCUUUGCCAGACGGUCGAGAACGAGCAGCCGCCCGAGGAGGCGGGCCCGCUCGGCGACUCGAAUCUGCUCCUCGACCGGCAGACGACCGCGGCCAAGGAUUGCAACCAGGUGGCGCAGGCGGUCGACAGGCACGCCUCGCCCACCUCGGCGCAGAUCCGGCGGCUCUCGGAGCUCGGCGCCGACCGCUUCCACCCGCGCGGAGAGGCGGACGACCGCACCGGCAACCAGGAGGUGCAGCCGUGGCUGGCAGCCCUCCGCGCAUCGCUCGCCGCCGCCGCCGCCGCCGCUGCAAACGGAGGCAACGGCGGGCGCUCGACGACGGCGAACGGAACCAACGGAACCAACGGCGCCAACGGCGCCAACAAUUCCAACGGUUCCAACGGCGCGCGCUCCGCCGAGCCGGACCCGGACGCGGGUGCCGGCCCGGAGAAGCCGCUGCUGGCGAGGAUUGUGGCUGCGCGCUGGCUGACGGCGUCGACCGAGUCGCCGACGGCGGGCGGGCGGGCGGGCUGGCAGAGCGGUGCCGCCGCGACUGCCGCCGCCGCUGUGCGGCGAGUGCUCCACCUCGAGCUGGACGUGAGCGCGCUGCCGGCGGGCUGCGCUCUCGAGCCGGGCGACGCGCUGGCGGUGGUGCCGCAGAACGACCCGACCGACGUCAAGGAGCUGCUGCCGCAGCUGGGCGUGCGCGCCAAGCAGGCGGACACGCCGCUGCAGCUUCCCGACGGCUUCGACGCGCCGAUGCACUUGGGCGGCGAGCUCACUCCGCGCACCGCGCUGCUCGAGCGCGUCGACAUCGGCUCGACCUCGUCGUGGCCCUCGCCGGCGCUGCUGCGGCUGCUGCUCAAGCACGGCGAGCCGGCCAAUGCGGACGCCCCGCGGCUCGCGCUCCUGUUGCGCCAGCUGGCCUCGCGCCCGCCUCUCGUGGACCUGCUCGACGCGCUGCCGCCUCUCGCGCCGCGUUGGUACUCGCUCGCGUCGUCGCCGCUCGCCAGCCCAGGCCGCGCCCAUUUGUGCGUGUCGAUUGCAGCCUACACCGCCACCGACGCCGCCGGCACGCGCCACUUGCGCCGCGGCGUCGCUUCGCACUUCCUCGAGCGCACCGCGGCGCCGCUGCUCAAGGCCGGCGGCGCCGAGGAGGCUGCGGCCGCCGUUCCGGUCUUUUGGCGCGAGCCGAGCGGCCACGAGCUGCGUCUCCCUCCCUCGCCCGCGACGCCGGUCGUCGUCAUCGGGCCGGGCACCGGGCUCGCGCCGUUCCGCGCCUUCCUGCAGCACCGCCGUUUCGCGCACGCCCGCAAGCGGCUCGGGCCGUGUGUGGUCUAUUUCGGCUGCCGUUCCCGCGCAGACGACUUUCUGUACGGCGAGGAGCUCGAGCCGAUGCAUGCGGCGGGCGCACCCCGCUGGCACACCGUCCGGCGGGCGGGGGCAAUCACGCUGCGCACCGCCUUUUCGCGCGAGGCCCCCCCCGCCACGGCGGGCUACUGGCGCGGCUUGCGCCUGAAUGUCGACUACGUGCAGGACUUGCUCGAGGAGGACGGGCAGCGCGCGGGCCACCUCUACGUCUGCGGCGACGGCCAAUCGAUGGCCUCCGACGUGCACGCCGCGCUGCGCCGCAUCGUCGAGGCCCCGCCCCGCCCCUCUUGCACGGCCGCGUGGGCCCUUCUUGCACCCCUUGCCGAGGAGCGGCUGCAGGGCCUCGCCCAGGAGGGGCGCUACUGCCGCGAGAUCUGGAACUGA